CACGAUCCAAGAAUUAGUAAUACCUCUCUCCACUCAACCGGCCCUCCUUCAGGCUGUAAAGACUCUGACUUUCUCUCUCAUCACUUUCUCUCUCUAGUAGUUUCUCUCUCCAUUCGUUGGGAAUAUUUGCUUUGCCUGGUUGUCCUCGCACCUGUCUUUCCACCCCACUUUUUCUGCGAUCCACUUUACUAUUACUCCUAAAGCUUAAUUCCAAUUUCCAUAUAUAUACAUACAAGAUUUCAUAUAUAUAUAUUUAAUUCGGUGUGUGUAGUAGACAGAGUCGCGCACACGCAGAGGAUUAAAGGUGAGGAGAAAAAGGGCAGGCGAGAGAAAAAAAAUAAAAUUAAAAUUAAAAGAGGGCCAUGAAUUUCGGCUCAGGCACCUCCACCCGGUUAUUUUGUGCGCUUGGAGAACAAGACUGUUGAAGAAGAUCCUUAUUUGAAAAAGAGAACAAGGAUGCGUAGGUGGCUGUGCUGCACUUGUCAUGUAGAGGAGUCCUAUCAGCAGAACGAAAAUGAGCACCUCAAAAGCCCAAGGAAUAAUGCUGAUGGGCACCAAAGAGGCUCUAAGACAUCGGCUCCAGUGAAACCCGAAGUUCAGAGGGCUGUACCUCCCAUCGAGGUGCCUUCUCUGUCUCUUGAGGAACUGAAAGAGAAAACCGAAAACUUCGGGUCAAAGGCAUUAAUUGGUGAAGGAUCGUACGGGAGAGUAUACUUUGCACAAUUGAGUGAUGGAAAAGAGGUUGCUGUCAAGAAACUUGAUGUGUCAUCUGAGCCUGAUUCAAAUGUUGAGUUCUUGACACAGGUUUCCAUGGUGUCGAGAUUGAAGCAUGACAAUCUUGUUGAAUUGCUUGGUUACUGUGUAGAUGGCAGUCUCCGUGUCUUGGCUUAUGAGUUUGCCACCAUGGGAUCUCUACAUGACAUUUUGCACGGAAGGAAAGGAGUACAAGGGGCACAACCUGGUCCUGUACUUGACUGGAUGCAACGGGUGAAAAUUGCUGUUGAUGCUGCGAGGGGACUGGAAUAUUUGCACGAAAAGUCUCAGCCUUCAAUGAUUCACAGAGAUAUCAGAUCCAGUAACGUACUUUUAUUUGAAGACUACAAAGCCAAAAUUGCAGAUUUUAACCUUUCAAAUCAGGCUCCUGACAUGGCUGCCCGCCUCCACUCUACUCGUGUGCUAGGAACCUUUGGUUAUCAUGCUCCAGAAUAUGCAAUGACAGGGCAAUUGACACAGAAGAGUGAUGUUUAUAGCUUUGGAGUUGUUCUGCUUGAGCUCCUUACUGGAAGGAAGCCUGUUGAUCAUACUAUGCCUCGUGGUCAACAGAGUCUUGUUACUUGGGCUACUCCAAGACUUAGUGAGGACAAAGUCAAACAGUGUGUUGACCCAAAACUCAAGGGAGAGUAUCCAGCUAAAGCGGUCGCCAAGCUGGCAGCAGUUGCGGCAUUGUGCGUGCAGUAUGAAGCUGAGUUUCGCCCGAAUAUGAGUAUUGUUGUGAAGGCGCUUCAGCCCUUGUUGAAAUCGGUUGUACCUGCUCCAGAGAUCCAGCACCCUUAAACUCCAGAAGCUCUUUGUGUUGUUUUUUGUGUGUGUUUGCACAGUUUGGGCCUGCAUAAUGACCACCUUUCAUUGACCACUUCGGCACUCCCUUCGACACAAUAUUUUUAUUUUUUUUCAUUUUCCGUUUCUCUGAUUUCGAGAAAUUGUUGGAUUUGUACUUGUGAUUCCAUUUCUGGUGUUGGUAGUGAAUAUCUUUUAUAAAUCAUGACCGAAUGGAUCGAUGGAUGUGGAUUGAGUUUGUUUUUUUUUUUUCUUUUCCCCCAGAGUCGGAAGGGUUUGUGGUUUCAGUUCUUAAACAUAUAUUUUGGUUCUUUUUAAACAAUGUGAUUUGUAUUGGUUUGUUUAAGUUCGUGCAUUCUUUGGUAAA